AUGGCAGAUAACGAACGCCAGACGUCGUUCAAGGAACGAAUUAAGAGCAGAUCGCUAACGAAUCUGUUCAAGCUGAAUCGAAAGAGACCUUUUGAGCCCGAGGGCGAGGAUUUGGCGUCAAAUGAGUCGUCAAACGAGCAUCGCAGCGAUGAGGAGCAUGAGAGGGGUACGAAACGUGCCAGAAUUGCAGAAACUGGGUCAGGGAGCCAACAAUUGGCACAGGCGGGUGUUGGCGAAGAACGAGAACGGGAACUUGAUGCAGAAUUGCCGGAAGAAUUGAGAAAAUAUAGACCAAAAGGAUACCGGCUUAAAUUGCCUCCCAAGGGCAGAGCAGUGCGCGUUUACGCGGAUGGAGUGUUCGAUCUGUUCCAUUUGGGCCAUAUGAAACAGCUGGAACAAUGCAAAAAGACGUUUCCUGAAGUGACACUUGUGGUGGGUGCGGUCUCGGACGAGGUCACCCACAGGCUCAAGGGUCUGACGGUUUUGACCGACAAGCAACGUUACGAAACGCUGCGUCAUUGCCGGUGGGUCGACGAAGUCGUCGAGGACGCGCCCUGGUGCGUGACCCUAGAGUUUUUGGAACAACACAACAUCGACUACGUCGCGCAUGACGACCUGCCCUAUGCCGGCGCGGACUCCGAAGACAUUUACCGCCCCGUCAAAGAGCUGGGUCGAUUUGUCGCCACGCAACGUACCGAAGGAAUCUCGACCAGCGACAUUAUCACCCGCAUCAUCCGCGACUACGACAAGUAUCUAAUGCGCAAUUUUGCGCGUGGAGCGUCGCGUCGCGAAUUGAACGUGUCCUGGCUCAAGAAGAACGAACUCGAGUUCAAAAAACACGUGAGCGACUUCAGGUCUUAUUUCAAGAAGGGUCAGCAUUCAAUCAACCACGCGUCCAAAGAUCUGUACUUCGAAGUUCGCGAAAGAUUACUGCGUCAAACUUUAGGUAAGAAACUGUACUCGAAACUUGCGGGUCAGAAUUUCCCGACCAACAAGACGAUUCGCGACCGUUCACCGGCUUCUGAUUUUGCGCGCACCUACACGGAUGCGCCCUCCUCAGAAGAAGAGUCACAUCCUCCUGAUGAUAGCUUCGAUUCCGGUGCCAGCGACGCUGAAAAUUCACAAAGUUCCACCCAGGAGUCGCACGAAGCUUCCAAGACCCGCAAACCGCACUUUAAAGAAUAA